AUGUACGCAGCAAGUUUGUACGGCUUGAAAAGAGCUGCUAUCAUCUUACCUGUAGCGUGGACAGGAGCAUGGCUGGGGUACUAUGCAUACACCGAUACGCUGCGGCGAUCUCAUAUAAGGGAACGUAAUCGAGAGUUGUCACAUACACUCAUGGGCUUACCUGGUGAAGGACCGGAUUAUAGUAGACCUGCUGAAGAGAUCGAAAGGGAAGCUUUGAAGAAAAGGUAUUCAAGCUUGAAGUUUGCUGGGAGGUAUUGGAAUCCGUACGUAGAAUGGAGAGAACAAGGUGCUUGGGAAUGGGCAUUAUGGAAGAUCAUCAUUUCUACCAUAACGCUUAAACUAUUCUACAACGGUGGAGUACCACCUGAAAGACCUAUACCGGACUUACCACUCGAACGACCCGAUUUCUCAUUACUUUACCCUUCUUCGUCCUCUUCAGCAGAGAAACAGAGCUCAAUCUCGACAAGUCGGAAUUCAGGUAGUGGAGGUUCGAAUGUCGAUGUGACCGAUAAAUUGACUCUGACAUGGCUCGGUCAAUCGACUUCAUACGUUACGCUCGAUAAUCUCACUAUCCUCACUGAUCCAGCAUUGUCCGAUCGGACUUUACCUUCACGUAUUGCUCCUCAGCGACUGAGGCCUAGUCCAUGUGAAUUAAGUGAGUUGAAGAGGGUGGACGUGGUACUGGUUUCGCAUAACCACUUCGACCACCUAGAUCCUGAGGCGAUCAAAGAACUAGGAGAUAGUUGCGAAUGGUUUGUACCCAAGGGUGUAGCACCUUUUAUACGGAAGUUUGGUGUGACUAGAGUGACAGAGCUGGACUGGUGGGAGCAAAGUCAGCACACGUUAUCAAGACCGGGUCAGAAAGAUCGACAGUUUACUAUUACCGCUGUACCUACUAUGCACUGGUCAGCUAGAUCACCUUUGGACACCAAUGCGACGCUAUGGGCCGCGUUCCACGUCAAAUCACAUACGAAAAAACCCAAAUCGUUCAUACAUCUAGGUGAUACAGGGUACUCACCAACACUGUAUCAUGCCGUUGGUCGAGUACUAGGCCCCAUAGACUUAGCUGCUAUACCUAUAGGAUCGUACGAGCCACGAUGGCAUAUGCAUCUCCAGCAUACUGACCCUGAGGGAGCAGUCAGGAUGGCCUUGCAGAUGAAAGUGGGUAAGAGUGUGGCUCAACAUUGGGGAACAUGGUUGAUGAGUGAUGAGGCGUAUAAUAAACCACCCUUAGACCUAGAGAUAGCUAGACAGAAAUUGGAUGUUACGGAAGAUCAAUUUUGCGUUCUACCUGCUGGGAAAACUAUUGUUGUAGAGUAG